AUGUUCCCAGAUAUUUUGUGUGUGCUAUUAUUCAGCACUAUGCACCUCGCAUCAUCUUUGGAGCUGCAACCUGGCAUGCCACACGUUUGUGCUGACCAGGAGAUGUCCAUGCUGGGGGCCCGUCAGCCUUGUGUCCAGGCUUUUACCCGCAUGGUUAAGGUGUGGAAGCAGGGCUGCACCGACCACAGAUGGUGUGUGGGCUACGAGAGAAGGACAGCUUACUAUACAGCAUACCGGCAGGUGUACAGCGCGGAUUUGCACACGGUUUAUAAGUGCUGCCCGGGCUGGACUCAGGAGGGUGAAGAGAUGGGCUGUCUGCAUAGGGUUUGUGGUGUCAAAACAUGUUUCAAUGGAGGCCAAUGUGCAAAGACCGAAGACCGGGUAUGCCAGUGUCCACUGGGCUUCAAAGGGACGCGAUGCCAAUACGAUGUCAACGAAUGUGAAGUGGAUGAAGGUGGCUGUGAGGGGUACUGUUGCAACACCAUCGGCAGUUACUACUGCAAGUGCCCUGAAGGCAGUCGACUGGGGCCAGAUGGCAAAGCAUGUCACGAUGUUAAUGAGUGUGAGGAGCUCAAUGGAGGAUGCCAGCAAACAUGUGUCGACACACCAGGCUCUUAUCACUGUGAGUGCAGCGAAGGCUUCCGCAUGCACUCUGACGGUCGGACCUGCAUUGCUGUGAACUCUUGCUCAGUAUUGAAUGGUGGAUGUGAGCACAAGUGUGUGGACAUGGGGAACAAUCACUACAAAUGUGACUGCAGAAAGAACUAUCAGCUGAAGAGAGAUGGGAGACACUGUGAAUUGGUGGACCCCUGUGAGGACAGGAAUGGAGGCUGCGCCCAGCUGUGUCUUUCAGAGGACGGCCGGGUUCACUGCAGCUGCCGACCUGGUUUUACUCUGGCUGGAGACGGCAAGAACUGUGAAGACAUUGAUGAGUGCAGUUCAGGCCAUGCCAAGUGUUCCCAUGGCUGUGUCAACAUGCUGGGCUCCUUCCGCUGUGUGUGUCUGCUGGGCUUUGAACUUGGUGCUGAUGGGAAACAGUGCUACCGCAUCGAGAUGGAGAUCGUCAACAGCUGUGAGAAGAACAAUGGAGGUUGCUCUCAUCACUGUGAGCACACCACCAAUGGACCGCUGUGCUCCUGCAACCACGGUUACCAGCUGGACCGGGACAGGAAGACCUGUGUAGAUAGUGACGAGUGCGCCAGCGGGGAUUCCUGCUGUCAUCACUUCUGUAGAAACUACCCGGGCGGCUACGAGUGCAGCUGCAGAGCUGGCCACAGACUGAAUCCAGACGGUUGUCACUGCGAUGACAUUGAUGAGUGCCUAGCAGAGACCUCAGGCUGUGAACACCACUGUGUCAACACCCUGGGAACAUAUGAAUGUUUCUGUGAACUGGGCUUCCGCUUGGAUCAGGACCAGCACUCCUGCAUUUCUCUGUAUGGCAGAGAACUGGAAGAAGAAAGUGAUGAGGAGGGAGAAGAGGAAGAGCAGCUGGAGGUCCACAGAUUACCAGACCUGCUGUUCCGCGAGGCUCCUCAACUCCUGCAGUACACAGCAGCCUUGCGCUCCAGUUACGACAGUUAUGAGGAUCUUAGUGACGGUGGCGACAGUGAAAGAGAAUACGAGAUCCAGAGGGAACGUCGAGGAGAGCUCAGAAUGGACAGCAGCAUAGUGUGUCUAGAUGGCUCGUUUGGGGAUGACUGCAGUGUGAGCUGUGAAGACUGUGUGAAUGGAAGGUGUAGUGAAAUCACAGAUCGAUGUGAAUGUUCAGCUGGAUGGACUGGGAUCAUCUGUAACCAGACUUGUCCACAGGGGACCUUUGGGCAGGCCUGUAACAGCCUGUGCCGUUGUCAGAAUGGAGGCUCGUGUGACCCUUUGACCGGGAAGUGUUUCUGCCCCCCUGGUGUUCAGGGCCUGCUCUGCGAGGAUGGUUGUCCAAAGGGUUAUUUCGGGAGGAACUGCAGAAAAAAGUGCAACUGCCCAAACAACGGACAUUGCCAUCGUCUGUAUGGAGGCUGCCUGUGCUCUCCGGGACUAUACGGACGCUUCUGCCACCUGCCUUGUCCCAGGUGGACACACGGUGCAGGCUGUUCCAAGGAAUGUGACUGUGUUCAAGAACAUUCCACUGGCUGUGACCCCAAAACAGGGAGCUGUUUCUGUAAGGCUGAAUACCACGGCCCACAGUGUGAGAAAGAAUGUGAGCUUGGCUUCUUUGGUGCAGGCUGUGAGCAGCCAUGUGACUGUCCAGGUGGAGGGUCAUGUGACCCCAAGACCGGAGAAUGCAGUCAGCGCUGUCCUGCAGGCCUUCAUGGAGAUAAAUGUCAGCUGGCCUGCCAAUCACAGAGCUAUGGCAAUGGCUGUCGUCUGACCUGCUACUGUGGAGGAGCUGCUUGUGAUCCUGUAACUGGACAGUGCAUAUGUCCUGCUGGGAAGACGGGACCCUCCUGUCACGAAGACUGCCCUGAUGGAUUCUUUGGGUUGAAGUGUCAGUCACCAUGUCCUAAAUGUGAGAACAGCGGCUCCUGCAACAAGCAGACUGGAGUGUGUGACUGCAAACCAGGAUUCACGGGGAACCUCUGCCAAAAUGAGUGUCCCCCAGGUUUCCAUGGACCAGGCUGUUUCAAGCGCUGUUCAUGCCACCCGGAUAUAACUUGUGACCCACAGACUGGACGAUGCAUCUGCCCUCCUGGCAAAACAGGCCAUGACUGUGCAACAUCAUGCAAGUCUGGUUACUGGGGCCAUGAGUGUCUCAAUAAGUGCCGGUGCAAAGAGAUCUCCCUGGGCUGUGACCCGGUCACCGGUCGGUGUGCGUGUGAGGCCGGCUUCACUGGAGAACGCUGUGAAAAGAGGUGUGUGAAUGGCAGUUAUGGGCAGGACUGUUUCCAGCAGUGCCAGUGUGAGAACGGAGCCCUGUGCGACCAUGUGAGUGGAGCUUGCACAUGUUCACCUGGAUAUGCUGGCACUUACUGUGAAAAAAUGUGCCCGGACGGAUUUUACGGUCUUGACUGUGGCCAGAUGUGCGAGUGCAGGAACGGUGCCCACUGCCACCACAUCACAGGAGCCUGCCUGUGCACCGCCGGCUGGGCAGGACCACACUGCAUUCUGGAAUGCCCGGACGGCAAUUUUGGGGAGCACUGCAGUCAGACCUGUGAGUGUCAGAACGGAGCCAGGUGUGACCACGUCACUGGGCGAUGCAGCUGUGCAGCAGGGUGGACUGGAGUCAGCUGCCAACUGCCCUGUCCUGCAGGACAACACGGGGAACACUGUUCUGGUCAAUGUCUGUGUCGAAAUGGAGGCUCUUGUGAUAUUAUGACUGGCCAUUGCUCCUGCCCGCCCGGCUGGACUGGAGCCGCCUGUGAGUUAGAGUGUGAGGAAGGACGUUAUGGAGAGAACUGCAUUCAAGCCUGCGGAUGUACGAAUGGAGGGAGAUGUGACAGAGUGACGGGAAGAUGUAUGUGUCUGCCAGGUUGGAUAGGAGAGCUCUGUCAGUCAGCCUGUUCUAAGGGAUUCUUUGGAGAGGGCUGUGAGCAGAGGUGCGACUGUGUCCAUAGUUCAAGUUGCCACCAUGUGACAGGCCGCUGUGAGUGCGAGCCAGGCUGGAGGGGAGCCAGGUGUGACAGACCCUGCCUUCCGGGGUCCUACGGCGCUUCCUGUGCCCAACGGUGUCAGUGCCAGGCCGGGGUGUCCUGUCACCAUGAGACGGGGAGGUGUGGGUGCCCAGCUGGACUCACGGGGCCUGGCUGCGAGAAAACUUGUCCUACUGGCAUGUUCGGGCAAAACUGCAGCAAGCUGUGCCAAUGUUCAGGAGAUCAAGAGCAGUGCCAUCCUGUGACGGGGAAAUGUAGCUGCUUACCUGGUUACUACGGGGCACGCUGUGAGCUACGAUGUCGAGCGGGGACCUUUGGGCCAAACUGCAAGUCCAGAUGCAGCUGCAUCAAUGGUGGUCGCUGUGACUUCAGGACUGGAAUCUGUUACUGUCCUCCUGGCUUUAUUGGAGCUGACUGCAGCUCAAGCUGUCCGAUUGGGUACUAUGGGAAGGACUGUGCUAAGCUGUGCUCCUGUGGGGAAGGAGGGCAGUGCCACUCAGUAAAUGGGAAGUGUAUCUGUGCCCCUGGUAGGAUGGGACCGUCCUGCCAACAAGCAUGUCCUAGGGGACGCUACGGCCUGCAGUGCAGAAACACGUGCAGCUGUCAGAACGUGGGUCUGUGUGACCCCGUCGACGGGUCUUGCAAGUGUGGACUCGGCUGGACCGGACCCCGCUGUGACACUGCUUGUUCACAGGGAAAAUAUGGGCUUGAUUGUGCACAAGACUGUCCAUGCCUCAACAAUGGGACCUGUGACCGUUUUACUGGUGGCUGCAGCUGUACUGCUGGAUUCUACGGCCACUCCUGCCAACACAAAUGUCCACCUGGGUUCUUUGGAGUGAACUGUGCGCAUAUGUGUGACUGUAAAGUGGGGAAAACAUGUGACCAUGUGACCGGCCAAUGUGUGUGUCCACCAGGUUACUAUGGCCCACAAUGCCAAAGACGGUGUGAAUCUGGCAGGUUUGGACUGAGCUGUGUUCAGUCCUGUGACUGUGCUGGCGAUUCACCGUGUGACCCGUCGACCGGACGGUGUCUCUGUCCCCCAGGAAGGACAGGACAGAGGUGUGAAAAAGACUGCGGUGGAGACCGUUUUGGCCCUGACUGCUCCCUGCCGUGUCAGUGCUCCCACAGGGCCCGCUGUGAUGGGCUGAGUGGGCGAUGCCUCUGCCCGCUCACCUGGCUGGGUCCCACCUGUGGCGAAGCACUGCUACACCAAACACCAGCACCGUUGAACUUUUCUGUGUCCCAAAGAAAGAGAAGAGCAGGCAGCAAAACCACAUAACCAAAGCAGAGGCGCAAAGUCCUGACUGGACGUUCAAACACGGGACUUGGCUCUGUGGAGCAUUACUCAGAUCAUCUUGGUAAAGGUGAUGCUGGUAAUAAUAUGUUUUUGUGAAACUGGUACUCAGUUGUCAGAAACUGGCACUCCAUCACCGAGCCUGGAGCUCGAGGUAAUCAUCACCCAGUGGACCUGGCAUGUGAGGGGCCCUCAAAAGGACCAUAAACUCUUAACCUACCCCAGACUGUCUAAGAUUUAAAGUCCAGACUUACACAGACUUCUUAGCAAUACACACAAAUACCUGCAUCACAUAUGUGGCUAUUGAUGAUUGAAAGGGUUCAUUUGCUUUCCAGUUUUACAUUUAAUGAGCUGUUUAAGUUUCUCUCCUAAGGGCUUUUGGACAAGAUGUGACUAAAUCUGAUAUUCUCUUGUCACUGGAGAAACUUAAUGGUUAGCAUAACUGAAUAACAAGCAAAACAAAACAAAACACUAUACCAAGCAUAUUUCUGAUGAAAAUCAAAUGCCUCUUAUACAGAUUUAGAAAAAUACUGAUAAAUUAUUUUCUCAUUCUGGAAAAUAAAACACCAAGAUCUACGCAUAUAGUAAGCUACAAAAACAUGGUCCAAUAAGAAGACAGAGAGUUUUUCCAAAGUUAAAUUACUUCAAGAAAUCCAGAUCUAUCAACAUACAAAAAGAUGCAAAGCACAGUGCUUGCAUCUUCAUCAAACUAUUAUGUAAUUUACUUCCAUAAUACAGAAAGAAUGGUAUUACCUGCAUAUAUGUCUUAUGUGUGUGUUUAUUCCAGCACUUGCAGUUUUAUGCGCAAAUAUUAUCUUUUCAUUUCACACAUCUGCCUUGUAUUUUUUGCGAAACUGCAUCAUUUCCCGUUAGAAAGUAACUCAGAUCAUUGGUUUGUUUGUUUGUUUACAGAUUACUCUAAACUUUGACGAGAAUAGACUCAUAAUAACUCAUUUUAUUGGCCCUUUACAAACUGGAAAAAUUAAUUACAACCAUGCUCCAUCUAUUAGCAUUGAUCAUGGGGUUUUCUUGUUCCAGUGCAGCGUGCUGGUUGCGAAUUACUGCAGGCGCAAACCUUGCAUGCGUUGCAUUUGUUUCAGACCUGUGUCAGCAGCUGAUACAGAGUUUGUGAGGCUUAGAAAAAAUGAUCGAAUUGAUGUUGAUACUUUUUUUUUUGCAGUACCUGUACACAUUUCUCUUACUGCCAACAUUAGAACCUUUUUUUCCCAACAAAAUUAGUUCCCUAUCACUACUGCUAUACAUGUAUAUUUGAUUUAAAUGAGGGUGUUUCUUUUUUUGCAAAAACUGUAUUUGUUUUAUAUCUCAGGUCAGUGGCAGUUAUCAGUCAUAACCUACUGUGCUCAUUUCCUGGCAAACCGAUGUCAGUGGUGCUACAUUGAUACAUUUUGUUGUGUAAAAUUGAUAAACUUUUUACAGUCAUCUUUUCAACGGUCUUUUUACUAUAUGUGGUUGUGUUUAGACGAAAAAGCAUCAUGAACCAAAUAAAUAACGA